AUGGUCCCACCACCUCGAGCGGGAUCAUUUUCGCCCAAUCCUGCGCAGAUACUACAGACGGGUGCGAGCCAUUCUCCUCACCCAUCGCAGGCCGCCAUUCUCAGUGCUGGCGCAAGCCCAAGCGCCAGCAGUCCAACGGGCACUAAUUCCCUGACCAAGAUCGUCGUGGCACAGGUCUAUCUUCUACUCAGUACUAUCAAGGAGGACAAGGACCGUGCUAAGUGGGAGCUGCAGGUUGACCAAUUGAACAAGCUCAUCGAUGAACACGGAAUGGAAGUGUUUACUAAGUACUUCACCCGGCUCGUUGCCGGCAAUGCGCCCCAGAUAUUCCCUGGCCUCAACAGGCCCGGCACAAGCCCCAACAACUAUCACAUUCUUGUUGCCGAGAUGCAGAAGAUUUCGCACGAUCCCAAUCAAGCAAGUAAGAUUGCUGAAUCGAUUGAGAGUGCCACAGAGGAUAUCUUCCGCGACUUUGAUCUUUCUACCUUUAUGGAACAUUUCAAGCUCGAUGCAUUAGAGAAGACCAUAUUAGCUCUGGCCUUUAAGCUCACUUCUCGAGCAGAUUUAAAGACGAAAGCCGACGCUAUAUUAUCUACUAACUUCCCCUCCUUCAUCGAUAUCCUUUCUCGAUUUGACCUCGACGCCCAUGCCGAUCUGACCCCAUCUUUUAUCGCCCUGAUUCUGGACCGGUUUCUUCAAUAUCAUCCUCCGAGCUUCAAUGCUUCUUCUAUGCGCGAAUUGGAAACACGUGUCAUCAGCCGAUGGAUGGACCAGUCUCCCGAGCGUACACCGCCUUCCGAAAUCCUCGCGGCUCUGGAUCUCAGUCGAGUGCUCGCCGAUAGGCCUUUCAAUGGGCUAGUUCGAUAUAUCCAAAAGACGGGCCUCGAUUUCACCAGAGACGAGGAAACAUGUGUCUCUUAUUUACAGAACCGCCCCAGUGGCUUGCAGUUGGGCCCCGAACAAGUUUCAGCUGCGAUGACCUUCACUGCAAUUAGUCAAAGCCCACAGCAAGAUACUGGUGUUCUGGUUGCUGCUCUCAGGAGAGUCCUACCGAAGUCAUUCGACUGGAUGGAGGUCAUCAUUCUGUUCGACCAACCAUCGACUCGUGUCUCUUCCCAGCAGUUCCUUCGACUUUACCAGGCUUUCUUGCCAAUUGCACAAGACUCCAAGUCUGGCUUGAUAGUGGAUAUUCAGAGGUUAUGGGGUGGCGUUUGGAGGAAUCCAGAGGCUCAGCUCUCUUUUGUUAGUGCCUAUGCCUCUUUAACUCCUGAUCAGCUUGACGCGACGACGAUUCCCGGGCUCCAGCGCAGCAUUACUAUUGAGGAAUACGCAAACUCGCCUGAGAAUGUACAAGAGCGAGCAGUUGUCGCCGUCAAGCAUCCGUUAAUAUCCGUUGCUGCUCUCUCCUCGAUCUUCAAUGUCGCGCUUAGUUCCAUGAUGGCGUCGACGAGUAUCGAGGCCAAGAGGCUCUUCCAAGAAGUGGUAGUCCCGAAUCUGGACAUCUUCCUGGUCUCCGCUUUCGAAGUUCCUCGGCAGCAUUGGGCCCCAAUGGCCGUUGAAACACUCAGUUCUUUGUUCGAAAAUUUUCUUUAUAAGCGUUCGCCCCAAUACGACUUUGUUCUGGAUAGUGUCUGGAGGAAAGACAAGAACUGGGUCAUUCAGCGCUUGGUAGACACUCAUGCUGUUAAGCCGAUGGACCUCCCGGUUAUUCUUGAGCACGCUGUAAAGCAUAACUGGCUUGACACACUGGUGUACCAGUCAAAUGGAUUUGGAGUCGAUUUAGCCGCUCUGGCCCACGCUGAAGGAUACUUGGACUUGUCCAAGUGGGCACGGUUCAAUGCUGACCGGAGUGAAGAGAUGUAUAAUACUCUGCUUCAGUUCUUGAUGAUAAAGGCCAACUUGGAGAGCCAGUUUCAGCGAGGAACUUCUGAUGACUCUUCUGUUAAGAACACAACGACCCUCCAAGUUCGUACCGUAUCAGCGUUACUGCAAAUUCUCGAAGACUUUUCGCCCAGUCCUCCUAGGCCAGAAUUGAUCCUGGUUCAGCGCGCUUGCAUUAUUGCCUACCCCCGACUGAUCAACUACGGUGAGGGUUACGACGAUGUCAUCGACGCCAAUGGAAGGGAUGGGAACCUCCUGUCUCCGACCGCCAACACCAGGAUGGAGGAGCACUACAAGAAGAUGUAUAGUGAUGAGGUACAGGUUCGCAAUAUAGUUGAGGUCUUAGACCGCUAUAAGCAUUCCAGGGAUCCUCUGGAUCAGGACGUUUUCGCAUGCAUGAUCCACGGGCUCUUUGAUGAGUAUUCUCACUAUGCCGACUAUCCUCUGGAAGCUCUGGCAACAACCGCAGUUCUAUUCGGUGGCAUCAUUUCGCAUAAGCUCGUUUCAAACUUGCCUCUUCAAAUUGGAUUAGGCAUGAUUUUGGAGGCUGUUAAGGACCAUUCUCCUGAUGAACCUAUGUACAAGUUUGGCCUUCAGGCACUGAUGCAGUUGUUCAUUCGCUUUCGAGAAUGGCCUGCCUUCUGCAGGCAGCUCUGCCAGAUACCCGGACUCCAUAACACGGAAGUUUACAAAAAGGCGGAGGAGGUUGUUCGUGAGCAUGAAGAAGAGUUGGCCCGUGGGCGUAACGGCGCCGGAACGCCUCAUGGACUAGGAUUUCAAGGCGAUGGUUUCCCUAAUGGAAACUCGGAUGAGCUGGCCAAUGUUGAGCGUCAAGCGCCUGCGUUUGCUGCUCUGAAUGUCGAUCCGCCAGCUAUGGACGUUGAGUUCGAAGAUCCUGACGAGGGAGCCCAGGACAAGGUCCAGUUCGUUCUCAAUAAUAUCACCGAAGGCACACUACAGGCCAUGUGUCAAGAACUUCGAGAGACCAUGGAGCGCCGGCAUCAGCAAUGGUUUGCUAGCCAUCUUGUUGAGGAGCGCGCCAAGAUGCAGCCAAAUUACCAUCAUGUUUAUCUCGAACUGGUCAAGCUGUUUGAAGACAAGGCUCUCUGGAGUGAGGUCCUGAGAGAGACUUACAUCAGCGUGUGCCGAAUGCUGAACUCGGAGGCGACCAUGCAGAACUCAACGGAAAGGACUCACCUCAAAAAUCUCGGAGGCUGGCUAGGUCUUUUGACUCUGGCACGAGAUCGUCCUAUCAAACACAAGAACAUCGCCUUCAAGCAGCUUUUAAUUGAGGCUCACGAUACGAAGCGACUCAUCGUUGUUAUCCCGUUCGUAUGCAAAGUUCUGACUCAAGGCGCCUCCUCAGCCGUUUUCAGGCCCCCGAAUCCAUGGCUUAUGGAUAUCAUCCAUUUGCUAAUUGAGCUUUAUCAUCAUGCCGAGCUGAAACUCAAUCUCAAGUUUGAGAUUGAGGUCUUGUGCAAAGGUUUGAACCUUGAUCACAGGAGUAUCGAGCCUUCGGGCGAAAUCCUGAACCGGCCUGUCAUUGAAGAGCCGGCGGAGACCCUGGCCCCUGAGCAACUAGAUGCGUUUGAGAAUCUAUCGCUCAAUGGCAUCGGGUCCGGUGUGGGUGCUGGACUCUCACCUCAGGCUCUUGCGCCAACCAUUCCUGACCUUGGUCCCCUGAUUACUAUCCCCCCAACUAAUGAGAUGGUUGUCAGCACUACUCGUCUUCAUGAGAUUGUCCGUACGGCCCUCAGCCGUGCUCUGCAAGAUAUAAUCCAGCCUGUCGUUGAUCGCUCUGUUACUAUUGCCGCCAUAUCCACGCAGCAGAUGAUACACAAGGACUUUGCUAUAGAGCCCGACGAGAACCGUGUACGCAACUCUGCUAUUAGCAUGGUGAAAGCCACCGCCGGUAGCCUUGCCCUCGUUACGUCCAAAGAACCCCUUCGCGCCAACUUCACUAACUACAUGCGAAAUCUCUCGACCGAUCUCUCUCAAGGACUCCCCGAGGGCACAAUCAUUAUGUGUGUUAACUCAAACCUGGACUUAGCCUGCAAUAUCAUUGAGAAGCAGGCUGAGGAAAGGGCUGUCCCCGAAAUCGAGGAGAUGAUCGAACCGGAGCUCGAGGCUCGUCGACGACAUCGUCUCCAGAGACCUAACGAUCCUUACUUCGACUCAAGCCUCAGCCGAUGGGCCAUGGCUAUUCCUAAUCCUUUCAAGUUAUCACCGAAUGUCAAUGGCCUCAACCCUGAGCAGAUGGCUAUUUAUGAAGAUUUCGCCAGGCAGCCACGAAGCGCCACGCUUCCCGCGCCUUCACACGGCCCGUCAGCAUCCGAUGCUACUAGAUCCUUGGCCAAUGAGGUGCUCCAGGAUCAAUUUAGUUCUAUCCCUAGUAUUCCGACUCCUGCGGAGACCCCCACAAUUCAGCAACAUUUGGGUGCUCAGAUGCAGCCCUAUGCACCCCCUCAUACCGCUUCUAAUGCAAUGACUAACGGUAGAUCACCCGGCUUCCAGAUGGAUGUUCGUAAUCUAGCCGAGCGGGUCAACAAGCUACUCCAGGAACUCAUGAGGGUAGCCACCGAGUCUCCCCAUGAACACUUCCUGGAUCUACCGCGACCAUCUCCUCUUGUGGACGUUGUUGAUGCACUCGUUCAGCACAUCAUCAAGACUUCGCAGAGCCAUGAAGAUUUUUCCAUUUACGCUGCGGAACAAAUCAUUCAGCUCAUUUUCUCGCAGGUUGACGACAACCUGGCUUUGGAGAGCUUAGUUCAUGUUUUGGAGACGCUUAGGAAGAUCGCUGGCCCUGUCCUCAACAGCCGCGUUAGAACUCUCUUCAGCCAGCAGCCUGGCUCCACCUUCUUGAGUUUACCUCUGCUCGCAGCCUUGGUUCGAACGGACCUUUUGGAUUGGAGAAACAUCGAUCUAGCCAUGUCGAAAGCACUGCAGGCACGCAAAGAGGGAUCUCUUGACUUUUUGGAGCACCUGCUCGACCUCACGCUGCUCGACUCCCGUCCGAUUGCUUUGUAUGCCGACUUUGCCCUGACGCUGGACGCAGCUUGGUCAUGGAUCUCGGAUGAUCCCGAUUCUGCCCCUGGGCAACGCGUCAAGUCAAAGCUCACCAAUUCCGGUCUGACAAGGCCGACUCACGCUGACAGUCAGGCUCUCCAACACGAACAGAUAGAAUAUGUUUUCGACGAAUGGAUCCAUCUUUGCCGCAACCACAAUGCCUCUGAGAAGGCUGUCACGGCGUUCGUGCAGCAGCUGCACGCUAAAGGGGUCAUGCAGAACAGGGAUGACCUCUUUGUCUUCAUCCGCGUCACCAUCGACCUGUCGAUUGAGCGCUUCGACUACAUUGUCCACAGUGGUUCCCUUGCCGAUGCCUAUGUCAUGGUAGAUGCCCUUGCUAAGCUCAUUGCAACGUUCAUCAGUAUGGGCUUUGAGCCAACAUCUACUCGUCCCGCAUUUAUCGACUCGGUGCUUUCACUUAUUGAGCUCAUUCUUGUCAACCACCAUGUUAAGCGCGGGGAGCAGCUGAGCCAGCGCGUUUUCUUCAGAUUGCUAUCCAUGCUCUUUUACGAAAUUCAGGGGAUUUCGGAGAGCCUGGCUGAGGAUGAGCGCCGUGAAAUUCUUCUGAGGAUCGCUCGGCGACUGUUCAAAAUCAACCCCUUAUAUGUUCCCGGCUUCGUUUACGGCUGGAUGUCUCUUGUUCAGCACCGUGCUUUCAUGCCAGCAAUUCUACAGCUGCCCAACGGUGUUGGCUGGGGCCCCUUUUCCGACCUGCUUUGCCAGUUGCUAGACACUCUCGGUGAUCAGUUGAAGGUUUUUGAGGUAUCCAACGUUGCCAAAGACAUUUACCGGGCUUGCUUCAAGCUGCUCGUCAUUCUACAGCACGACUUCCCCGAAUUUGUCGUGGCCAAUCACGCCAAGCUUUGCUCUAGCAUUCCACCUCAUUGCACGCAGCUCAUUAACGCUGUCCUGGCUGCAAAUCCCCAGCAGAGCCCUAGGUUCAACGAGCUUGGUGGUAAGAUCCAGUUCGACGAUAUGCGCCUCUUUGCCGGACUUAUGAAUGAGGCCAGCGUGACACUUCAGUCUCGCAGUCUUCUCAAAGUCCUAGACCAAGCACUUCAGAAUGGACCAAAUGAAGAUAUCGUUGCCAACAUCACCCACGCCAUGACACAUGACACUCCAAAGGCAUCUACUUAUGGCCAUGUGCCUGUCGUCGCCAACACGAGCGUUAUUGACGCUGUCGUUUUAUACAUUGGACACCGUGCUGUGGAGAAGGCAACCCAAACUGGCGCAGACCUGUCCGUAACUGGUGACGAGAAUGAAGUAUCACUUCUUUCUCUGAUCAUUCACGAACUCCCUGCCGAGGCCAGAUAUUAUAUCCUUGUCAGCCUAGUCAACCAACUUCGAUAUCCCAGCGCCCACACUGCCUUCUUCAGCCAGGCGCUCCUUUCCAUCUUUGCCAAGGAUCUUGGCGAUCCUGAGGAAGAUGAAUUCCGCGAGGACAUCACCCGAGUGCUGCUUGAGCGACUGGUUAGUUUCUGGCCUCAACCAUGGGGUCUGCUGUACACUGUUGUGGAGCUUGUGAAGAAUGAAGACAAGUAUGGAUUCUUCAAACUUCCUUUCAUCGAUGACGAGAGUCAUGAGGUUGCCAAAAAGUUUGCAGACGUGCUUCAACGAGCAUAG